UAAUGGCGUUCUCCUCUCUCCUCCUCACCACCUCCCCCACUCUCCCCCUCUCCUCCCACCGCCGCACCCUCCCAAUCCCCUCCACGCGCCCCCUAAAACCCUCCGUAAACCCUAAUUUCGCCACCAAUUCGUCGAAUCCCCGUUCGAUUGAGCCGCUCUUCGUCUCCGCUCGAGUUCGCGCGCGGGGGAGCUCGAUCGGAGAAGCCGAGGCGGAGGAGCCCUACGUCGAUGGGGGCGACGACGAGGGAGGAGCUCUCCGCGGCGAGGACUCGGCCGCGUUCGACUUGGGGGAGCAGAGGCUCGCCUCGUGGGCCUACUUCGCGGCGAUUUUGGGCGCCGUGCUCUUCGGAUUGAACGUGGUGUGGAUCGACCCCUCCACGGGGUUCGGGACCGCGUUCGUGGGCGCCGUUUCGAGCCUCUCGAGUAGCCACGAGGUUGUAAUGUUGAUCCUCAUAAUCAUUUUUGCCGCUGUUCAUAGUGGUAUGGCUAGUUUCCGCGAUGCUGGCGAGAAGCUUAUUGGAGAGCGGGCUUACCGUGUUCUAUUUGCAGGAAUCUCCCUUCCCCUAGCAGUCAGCACUAUUGUUUACUUCAUCAAUCACCGAUAUGAUGGUACCCAACUAUGGCAAGUCCAGAGUGUCCCCGGCAUCCACGAGCUUGUGUGGGUCUCCUCAUUCAUCUCAUUCUAUUUCUUAUACCCAUCCACAUUCAAUCUUUUAGAAGUUGCGGCAGUUGAUAAGCCUAAGCUGCACAUGUGGGAAACUGGAAUAAUGAGAAUCACCAGACACCCUCAGAUGGUAGGUCAGGUAAUCUGGUGCUUAGCUCACACUCUUUGGAUUGGCAAUUCUGUAGCAGUUGCUGCCUCUGUUGGCUUAAUAGCUCAUCAUCUGUUUGGAGUUUGGAAUGGCGAUAGGAGACUCGCUUCGCGGUAUGGUGAAGCUUUUGAAGUUGUAAAGAGCAGAACCAGUGUAAUUCCUUUUGCAGCAAUCCUUGAUGGCCGUCAAAGAUUGCCCAAAAAUUAUUACAAGGAAUUUAUUAGGCUACCUUAUCUUACAAUCACAAUUUUGACCCUCGGUGCCUACUUUGCACAUCCGUUGAUGCAAUCAUCGAGCUACGGUCUUCACUGGUAGUAAUACUGCUCUUGUUUGGUAAAUGAGGAGAAACAAAAGAAGAGAGAAAUGUAGGUGAAAAUAAGAAUCUUUUAAAGAUCCUUUUGUCGAUGCAGAAGAUGCUUCUGAUAUUGUUGGAGCCUGAUCUUUUGGUGGCAGUUGAAACGGAGCAGCUGCUUCUUUAUAUCCACUCUCAUCCUCGAACUGCGAAGAAUCAUAAUUCUCAAGCCAAGCCUCGGAUGCUGCAAUAAAAGUCAGAUCAGUCUUCGUACAGAGAUUCAACAGUAAGAAAAAAAAACUUCCACUUUCUAUUAUGGAUUUAGAAAAAUUUCUAGAGUUUACCGGAACUAUUGCUCAUUUUGAUAUAGGUACUCAAACUUUAAAAGUUUUGAUUUUGAUAUCUAGUAUUAGAGUGUGUUUGAUUUAAGUACCUCUCAAGUAGAAUAUAACAGUGUUUGCAACAUUUUUGACAGAAUAUUCUGUAACAGUACAGAGAGUUUGAUAAACUUUUCUUUAAGAAAACAUUCAGUUCAGUUCCCGACAAUUUGAUGGAACUUUUCAAAAUUGAAAGUAAGUAGUCAAAUCGAAAUUUUGAAAGUUCAGGUUCCCAUUUUAAAAUGUGCUAUAGUUUUGGAAAGUUCUAUACAUUUUCAUCUAUGAAUUUGUCUACAAUGUUUACCUUUUCUUGACACUGUACUAUUCGAGUCGUCGAAGCUGAUCGGCCAGAGGAAAUAACCCAGCAGUCUAUACUUCAAAGCGAACUCUAUCUUCUCCUCAACCACGGUAUGGUCGUCGAAGCUGACCCAAACCCCGCCCGAGUAAAAAUAAGCAGAAACCGUUGAGUUAUCGUAUUGAGAAACUGUGGUGGGGUCUCUUAACAGUUGUUCAAUCUCGAAAUAUGCCAUCGAACCGGUCCGGUUGCUGAUCCGCUGCUUCGGCCCCCCGGCCACCACUGGUGAGUUGAUUCCAUUCUUCGCUUUGUUCUUUAAGAACCAAGAUUUUCCGUAUAAGGGAAUGCCCAAAACUAGCUUACAUGAAGGAAUCCCUGCAUCUAGCUAAGAAAUGUUCCCAUAGCUUGCUGAGAAGUGUGAGACCUUAUCGUAAAGUUGUGCAUAAAAAAUAGUGACAUUGCUAUUCUUGUGGAAGCCAAAUGAGACUGCAUUUAUCCAAUCUAGGUUGCUUGAGAUCGCGUCUAUUGGGUAGUCGAGAUCGUCGGACGGCCCGUCGAAUAUGUGGUUCGAGAAGUAAACCGUGGCGGUUAAAAGGAGCGGGGGCCGCGACGAGCGCUUGGCUUCGUCUUCGAUUUGAGCUCUCCAUUCUGCGAUCAAGAUUCCAAGGUUGGUCAGGUCGGCAGGGGAGGCGGGGAACUGCCACGCGAAAUCGAGGCCGUCGAACGCGUUGGCGCGGGCGAGGCCGAUCGCGGAGUCGAUGAAUGCUGACCGACAGACCGGAUCGGCGGCCAUCGCAGAAAACGCGACGUUCGAUGACUUGGAGUUUUGAUCAUCAGUGGAAAUGGACAGAAGGAUUUUGAGAGAUGGGUUUGUGGAUUUGAGGGUGGAGGAGAAUGUAGCUAAGAGUGGGACCUGGUCAGGUGGGGGAAGGGAUGUAAUGAGGAGCCUGGUGUCAAUUGAGGUGGAGUAGUAGAGGUGAGUGUAGAGAGAGGUGUUGAUGUUGGAGAGAGGGGAGUAGUGAUUGGAGGUGGAGAGCCAAUACCCAGCUCUCACCUGAUUUGAAGAGCCUGUGCAAUUGGAUGUAGAGAGAGAAACUAGAGAGAGAGUGAGGAGAGAGAUGAAGAGUGAGGUGAGGGGAAUUUGACCCAUUUUGAGGAGUUUGAGGAUGGCAAUGGAAGUGGAGGAUCAAGAGUUUUGGUUGUGGGCAUUGUUCAGAGAGAGAGAGAGUGAGAGAGGUGGACUUUGGAGAGCACUAAGGGCAAGUUGAAAAGGGGUGGUGCUUUGUUUGGAUUGGAUCAUUACUUUUAAAAAGAUGGGCUCACAUCUCUUAACCCCAUUAAUAGAAAAAGCUUUUUUGAGUGCUUCUCAUUUGGAGUGGGAGUUGAGGAUCAGUGGAUCUGGAAAAGGUAAAAGUCAUGACAGGCUGGUUCUUAUAUUACAUAUUCAGUUAUAUUGGUAUUGCCUCUGAA